CUCCCCCACCAUUGUAAGCCAUGAAUUUUGAAUUUGAGAGGGAGAUUGGGUUUAUAAACAGCCAGCCAUCGCUCGCGGAGUGUUUGACUUCCUUUCCCGCUGUCUUGGAGACAUUUCAAACUUCAUCAAUCAAGGAGUCGACAUUAAUUCCUCCUCCUCCUCCUUUCGAGCAAACCUUCCCCAGUCUCCAGCCCGGCGCCUCCACCCUUCAGAGACCCGGGAGCCAAAAGCAAGCGGAAGAUGGGCCCGCUCUGCCGCUGCCGCCGCUCCCCGCAGCCCCCCCGGCCCCCGAGUUCCCCUGGAUGAAAGAGAAGAAAUCCGGCAAGAAACCCAGCCAACACGCCACGUCUCCUUCUCCGGUCGCCUCCUCCGGGGUUGGAUCGCCGGCAGAAGGCCCGGGACUCCCGGAGGCGGGCGGCGGGGCGCGCAGGCUGCGCACGGCGUACACCAACACGCAGCUGCUGGAGUUGGAGAAGGAAUUCCACUUUAACAAGUAUCUGUGCCGGCCACGGCGCGUCGAGAUCGCGGCCUUGCUGGACCUCACCGAGAGGCAGGUCAAAGUCUGGUUCCAGAACCGGCGCAUGAAGCACAAGCGGCAGACGCAGCAUCGAGAGCCGUCCGACGGGGAACCAGCCUGCCCGGGCGCCCUAGAGGACCCUGGCGACCUCGCCGAGGAGCCCGCGGCCAGCCCGGGCGGCCCCUCCACCCCGAGGGAGGCUCGAGAAGCCUGCGCCCACCUGCCCGAGGUCGCCCCGGGUCUCAUGGACACCCCGGGACCCCGGCUUUUGGCCAAUCGCGUGGAGGGUGCGGGGGCGCAGAGCCGGGGUUGCGUGCAGCAUGGGGCCGCGGAGCUGGAGGGGGAGCGAUUGCCAGAAGACGCCUUCCCGGAGCGGCAGGAUUCGCCUUUCCUGCCUGACCUCAAUUUCUUCGCGGCCGACUCCUGUCACCAACUCUCGGGAGGCCUCUCGCCCAGCCUGCAGGGCUCACUUGACAGCCCGGUUCCCUUUUCCGAAGAGGAGCUGGACUUCUUCACCAGCACGCUCUGUGCCAUCGACCUGCAGUUCCCCUAACCCGUGUCC